GUAAGGAAGCCACAUGACUUUCAAAUGGAGAUACGUGUGUGUAUUAGAGUAUCUGUGAGAGUGGGAUGGAGGGAAAGAGGGAGAGCAGAGGAAUGCGGUGGGUUUGCCCUGAAGUCCGUCAGCGACCCCCCUUUCUCUCAUGCCUUAAAGAAGGACCUCCCUCCUCCCAAUCAGGAUAAUGCUUUACCUUUCCCCCCUUUUUGUCACAAGGGGACAGUUCAAUUCUUCAUCCUCAAGCAUUUACCCCAUUUCUAUUAGCAACUCUGGACUCACCUAUCAGGCACUCCAGCAAUUGCAAGCGCCGCGGUCUUGGGAGCCGCAGAUAAAGUCCGCAAAGCCGCUUGUAGCCGCGGGGCAGGAAAAAGGCAGAGCGGGACCCCCGGAGAAGAGGCGCUAAGGGCAUGUGGAAGCUCGGCAAGCUGGUGCUGGCAUGGGCGGCCGUGUGCUGGGCAGCCCUCCAGAGCGCCCACGGCCAGGGGGACGGAAACUACCAGGCGAGCCGCUUCAGUGCGCCCACCGAGGAGAGGGAGGCGCAGAGGGUCCGGAGGAGGGGCCCCGAGUCGCUGCGGGGGCCCAAUGUGUGUGGAUCCCGGUUCCACUCCUACUGCUGCCCAGGCUGGAAAACUCUCCCAGGAGGAAACCAGUGCAUUGUCCCCAUCUGCAGAAACACCUGCGGUGAAGGUUUCUGCUCCAGACCUAACAUGUGCACCUGUUCCAAUGGGCAGCUCUCUCCCAGCUGCGGCGCGGCGUCCGGAGUUCAGUCCUGCAACGUCAGAUGCAUGAACGGCGGAAGCUGCAAUGAGGACUCCUGCCUCUGUCAGAAGGGUUACACGGGUGCACACUGCGGCCAGCCCGUGUGCGAGAACGGCUGCCAGAAUGGAGGUCGCUGCAUUGGGCCCAACAGAUGUGCCUGUGUCUACGGCUUCACUGGUCCGCAGUGCGAGAGGGACUACCGGACCGGACCGUGCUUCACGCAGGUCAGCAACCAGAUGUGCCAGGGCCAACUGAGUGGCAUCGUCUGCACCAAGACGCUGUGCUGUGCCACCAUUGGCCGCGCCUGGGGGCACCCCUGCGAGAUGUGCCCCGGCCAGCCCCACCCCUGCCGGCGUGGCUUCAUCCCCAACAUUCGCACCGGCGCCUGCCAGGAUGUGGACGAGUGCCAGGCCAUUCCCGGACUCUGCACUGGGGGUAACUGCAUCAACACUGUGGGCUCCUACGAGUGCAAAUGCCCCGCUGGGCACCGGCAGAGCGAGACCAAUCAGAAGUGCGAGGACAUCGACGAGUGCAGCACCAUCUCCGGCGUAUGCGACGGCGGCGAAUGCACCAACACUGUAGGAAGCUACGUUUGCUCCUGCCCCCGCGGCUACGUCGCCAGUGCCGACGGCUCCAGAUGUGUAGACCAGCGAGUGGGGAUCUGCUUCUCCGCUCUGGCCAGUGGGCGCUGCGCGGGCGAGCUGACAGGACAGUACACCAAGAUGCAGUGCUGUUGUGAUACGGGCCGCUGCUGGGCCUCGACGCAAGUCCCAGAGAUGUGUCCCGUCCGCGGAUCUGACGAGUACCGGCGGCUCUGUCUCGAAGGCGUCCCCCAUGGGACGGGCAGCACCGGCUUCACCGGCGUUGACCGCACCUUCAGCUACAGGUACAAGUUCAACCCCGCGGGUCCAAAUGGCAACGGGCAUGGCAACGGGCACAUAAACGGGCACGGCAACGGCCACGGCAACGGAGGGCAGAUCAGAGGCGAAGGGGUGGGAGGCAACGGGAUCCCCCUGUCCCAGAUCGGCACAGUGACCCUCAACAACACCAUUGACGUGUGCAAACACUUCACCAACCUGUGCCUGAACGGCCGCUGCAUCCCCACACCCACCAGCUACCGCUGUGAGUGCAACAUGGGCUUCCGGCAGGACGUGCGCGGCGAGUGCAUCGACACGGAUGAGUGUGUUACCAAUCCCUGCCUGAAUGGCGACUGCGUGAACACCCCUGGCUCCUACCACUGCAAGUGCCACGAGGGUUACCAGAGCACCCCGACCAAGCAGGCCUGCAUCGACAUUGACGAAUGCAUCGUGAACGGGAUCAUGUGCCGUAACGGCCGCUGCGUCAACACGGAUGGAAGUUUCCAGUGCAUCUGCAACGCCGGUUUUGAGCUCACCCCCGAUGGAAAGAACUGCAUAGACCACGACGAGUGUGCCACCACCAACAUGUGCCUCAAUGGAAUGUGCAUCAACGAGGACGGCAGCUUCAAGUGCAUCUGCAAGCAAGGCUUCUCCCUGGCCCCUAGUGGGCGCUACUGUACCGACAUUGACGAGUGUCAGACGCCGGGCAUCUGCAUGAAUGGCCGCUGCAUCAAUUCAGAUGGCUCAUACCGCUGCGAGUGCCCGCCGGGCCUGGCCAUCGAUGUGGACGGCCGCGUCUGCGUGGACACCCAUGUGCGCAGCACCUGCUACGGCGCCAUCAAGAUGGGCACAUGCUCGCGACCCUUCCCCGGGGCCGUCACUAAGUCCGAAUGCUGCUGUGCCAGCCCCGAGCAUGGCUUCGGGGAGCCCUGCCAGCCGUGCCCCGCCCUCAACUCAGCUGAGUUCCAGGCCGUCUGCAGCAGUGGCAUCGGAAUCACAGCUGAUGGAAGAGAUAUCAACGAGUGUGCCCUGAACCCGGAGAUCUGCGCCAACGGUAUGUGCGAGAACCUGCGGGGCAGCUUCCGCUGCAUCUGCAACAUCGGCUACGAGUCCGACAGCAGCGGCAAGAACUGCGUGGACAUCAACGAGUGCCUGGUGAACCGGCUGCUGUGUGACAACGGGCUUUGCCGGAACACUCCGGGCAGCUACUCUUGCUUCUGCCCCAAAGGUUUCGUCUACAAGCCCGACUCAGAGACCUGCGAAGAUAUCAACGAGUGCGAAUCCAGCCCCUGCGUGAACGGCGUGUGCCGCAACAUGGCUGGCUCCUUCAUCUGCGAGUGCUCCCACGGCAGCAAGCUGGACUCCACCAACACCAUCUGCGUGGACAGCAUGAAGGGCACCUGCUGGCUGAACAUCCAAGAUGGCCGCUGCGAGGUCAAUAUCAACGGCGCCACGCUGAAGUCGGAGUGCUGUGCCACGCUGGGCGCGGCCUGGGGGAGUCCCUGUGAGCGCUGCGAGAUCGAUACGGCCUGCUCCAGAGGCUUCGCUCGCAUGAAGGGCGUCGCCUGUGAAGACGUGAACGAGUGUGAGGUGUUCCCGGGCGUGUGCACCAAUGGCCGCUGCGUGAACACGCAGGGCUCGUUCCACUGCGAGUGCGCCGAGGGACUGACACUGGACGGCAGUGGGCGCACCUGCGUGGAUGUGCGCAGUGAGCAGUGCUACCUGAAAUGGGAUGAGGAUGAGUGCGGGGAGCCGCUGCCCGGGAAGUACCGUGUGGACAUGUGCUGCUGCUCCGUGGGGGCCGCCUGGGGCGUGGAGUGCGAGGAGUGCCCCAAGGCUGGCACGACGCAGUACAAGGCAAUCUGCCCUCGGGGCCCCGGCUUCGCUAACAGGGGCGACAUCCUCACCGGCAGACCCUUCUACAAAGACGUGAAUGAGUGCAAGGUCUUCCAGGGCCUGUGUGCCCACGGAACAUGCCGGAACACCAUCGGCAGCUUCAAGUGCCGCUGCAACAGUGGCUUUGCCCUCACUAUGGAGGAGAGGAACUGCACAGACAUUGAUGAGUGCCGGAUCUCCCCCGACCUGUGUGGCCACGGCACGUGCGUGAACACGCCGGGCAGCUUCGAGUGCGAGUGCUUCGAGGGCUACGAGAGCGGCUUCAUGAUGAUGAAGAACUGCAUGGACAUCGACGAGUGUGAGCGCGACCCCCUGCUCUGCCGCGGAGGCACCUGCCUCAACACGGAGGGCAGCUACGAGUGCGACUGCCCCCCAGGGCACCAGCUCAGCCCCGAGGGUUCGUCCUGCGAAGACGUCAAUGAGUGCCAACUGAGCGACACCCUGUGCCGGAACGGCCAUUGCGUCAACAUGGUGGGCACCUACCAGUGUUCCUGCGACACGGGCUACCAGACCACCCCCGACAGGCAGGGCUGUGUUGACAUCGACGAGUGCACUAUCAUGAACGGCGGCUGCGACACCCACUGCACCAACUCGGAAGGCAGCUACGAGUGCAGCUGUGGGGAAGGCUACGCCCUCAUGCCCGACCUGAGGACCUGCGCCGACAUCGAUGAGUGCGAGGACACGCCGGACAUCUGCGACGGCGGCCAGUGCACCAACAUCCCCGGCGAGUACCGCUGCCUGUGCUUCGACGGCUUCAUGGCCUCCAUGGACAUGCGGACCUGCAUCGAUGUCAACGAGUGCGAACUGAACCCCAACAUCUGUCUCCAUGGUGACUGUGAAAACACCAAGGGCUCCUUCGUCUGCCACUGCCAGCUGGGCUACUUUGUCAAGAAGGGAUCUACGGGCUGCACGGAUAUCGACGAAUGCGAGAUCGGGGCCCACAACUGCGAUGUGAACGCGGCCUGCAUCAACGUGCCGGGCAGCUUCAAGUGCCGCUGCCGUGAUGGCUGGGUCAGCCUUGGCACCAAGUGCGUGGACCUGGAUGAGUGCUCCACAGAGGAACACAACUGCAACCCCAACGCCAACUGCAUCAACACGCCAGGCUCCUACCGCUGCACCUGCAAAGAGGGCUUCAAUGGCGACGGCUUCUCCUGCUCAGACAUGGACGAGUGUGCGGACAACGUGAACCUGUGCGAGAAUGGCCAUUGCCUAAACGCGCCAGGCGGGUAUCGGUGCGAGUGCGAGAUGGGCUUCACCCCGACCGAGGACAGCAAGGCCUGCCAGGACAUCGACGAGUGUAACUUCCAGAAUAUCUGCGUAUUCGGAACCUGCCAGAACCUGCCGGGCAUGUUCCGCUGUGUGUGUGACGAUGGCUAUGAGCUGGACCGCAGUGGGGGCAACUGCACUGAUGUGAACGAGUGCUCCGACCCCGUCAACUGCAUCAAUGGCCUGUGCGUCAACAUGCCAGGAAGCUACCUGUGCAACUGCCCGCCGGACUUCGAGCUGAACCCCACUGGCGUGGGAUGUGUGGAUACACGUGUAGGAAACUGCUUCCUGGACACACUGCCACGUGGAGAUGGAGGGAUAUCCUGCAGUGCGGAGAUCGGCGUCGGGGUCACGCGGGCAUCCUGCUGCUGCUCACUGGGGGGGGCUUGGGGGAACCCUUGUGAGCUGUGCCCACCGGUCAACACCACGGAAUAUAAGACCCUGUGUCCCGGAGGAGAGGGGUUCAGGCCCAACCCCAUCACUGUGAUCCUGGAGGAUAUCGACGAAUGCCAGGAGCUGCCCGGCCUGUGCCAGGGGGGCAACUGCGUCAAUACCUUUGGGAGCUUCCAGUGCGAGUGCCCGGCCGGGUACUACCUCAACGAGGAGAUGCGCAUCUGCGAGGACAUCGACGAGUGCACAGCUCACAUCGGCAUAUGCGGCCCCGGAACCUGCUACAACACCCUGGGCAACUACACCUGCGUCUGCCCCCCCGAGUACAUGCAGGUCAACGGGGGCAACAACUGCAUGGACAUGAGGAAGAGCGUUUGCUACCGCAACUUCAACGACACCUGCGAGAACGAGCUGUCCUUCAACAUGACCAAGAAGAUGUGCUGCUGCGCCUACAACGUGGGCAAGGCCUGGAACAAGCCCUGCGAGGCCUGCCCCACCCCAGCCACCUCGGAGUACCAACACUUGUGCGGAAACCAGGCUCCCGGCUUCAUCAUUGACAUCCACACUGGGAAGCCCAUUGACAUCGACGAGUGCAGGGAAAUCCCAGGCAUCUGCGCAAACGGGGCCUGCAUCAACCAGAUUGGCAGCUUCCGCUGCGAGUGCCCCAUGGGCUUCAGCUACAACAACAUCCUGCUGGUCUGCGAAGACAUCGACGAGUGUACCAGCGGGGACACCCUGUGCCAACGCAAUGCCAACUGCAUCAACAUCCCAGGAAGCUACCGCUGCGAGUGCUCGCCCGGGUUCAAGCUCUCCCCCAGCGGCGCUUGCGUGGAUCGAAAUGAGUGCCUGGAGAUCCCCAGCGCCUGCAGCCACGGGGAGUGCAUCGACACUCAGGGCAGCUACCACUGCGUCUGUCAUAACGGCUUCAAGGCCACUGCAGACCUGACCAUGUGCAUGGACAUCGAUGAGUGCGACAGGCAGCCCUGUGGGAAUGGCACCUGCAAGAACACCGUGGGCUCCUACAACUGCCUCUGCUUCCCCGGGUUCGAGAUCACGCACAACAAUGACUGCAUAGAUGUGAAUGAGUGCACGGCACUGGUGGGCCAGGUCUGCAGGAACGGCCAGUGCAUCAACUCUCCAGGAUCGUUCCAGUGUCUGUGCCAGGAUGGUUAUGAGCUCACUCUGGAUGGCAAGAACUGUGUCGACAUUAACGAAUGUGUGAGCUUCCUGGGCACCUGCGCCCUGGGCACCUGCCAGAACCUGGAGGGCUCCUUCCGCUGCAUCUGCCCUCCAGGCUACGCCGUGCAGAACGACCAGUGCAUCGACAUCAACGAGUGUGAAGUAGAGCCCAACAUCUGCCAGUUCGGCACCUGCUCCAACACCAUGGGCAGCUUCCAGUGCGAGUGCGAGAAAGGCUUUGUGCUGUCCGAGAACGGCCGUCGCUGCUUCGAUAUCCGUGAGAGCUUCUGCUUCACUCGCUUCGAGGGGGGAAAGUGCUCUGUGCCAAAGGCCUUCAACACGACCAAAGCCAAGUGCUGCUGCAGCAAGAUGCCCGGCGAGGGCUGGGGCGACCCCUGCGAGCUGUGCCCGCGUGAGACCGAGGCUGCCUUUGACAGCCUCUGUCCCUACGGGCACGGAAUCGUGCUCGGACCUGGCGAAGCCCGUGAGGACAUGAACGAGUGCCUGGAUAACCCGGACAUCUGCACCAACGGCAUGUGCAUCAACACAGACGGCUCCUUCCGCUGCGAGUGUCCCUUCGGCUACAGCCUGGACUACACGGGGGUGAAGUGUGUCGACACGGACGAAUGCUCCAUCGGGAACCCCUGUGGCAAUGGCACCUGCACCAACGUGGUUGGCGGCUUCGAGUGCGCCUGUCACGAGGGCUUCGAACCCGGCUCCAUGAUGACCUGCGAAGACAUCAACGAGUGCUCCCUGAACCCGCUGCUCUGUGCGUUCCGCUGCGUCAACACCUUCGGCUCGUACGAGUGCACCUGCCCGGCGGGCUACGUGCUGCGCGAAGACCACAGGAUGUGCAGAGACCAGGAUGAGUGCUCUGAUGGUCUGGACGACUGCGCCUCCAAGGGCAUGACCUGCAAGAACCUGAUCGGCACCUUCAUGUGCAUCUGCCCCCCGGGCAUGCAGCGCAGGCCGGACGGGGACGGCUGCAUGGACCUGAACGAAUGCCGCGCGAAGCCAGGAAUCUGCAAGAAUGGCCGCUGCGUGAACACGGUGGGCAGCUACCUCUGCGAGUGCAACGAGGGCUUCCAGGCCAGCGUCACGGGCACCGAGUGCAUCGAUAACAGGCAGGGCUUCUGCUUCACGGAGGUGCUGCAGACCAUGUGUCAGCAGAGCUCAACCAACCGCAACAGCGUCACCAAGUCGGAGUGCUGCUGCAACGGCGGCCGCGGCUGGGGCCCCAGCUGUGAGCUCUGCCCGCUGCCCGGCACAGUGCAGUACAAGCGCAUGUGUCCCCUGGGCCCGGGCUACACCACCGACGGCAGAGACAUCAACGAGUGCCAGGUGAUGCCGAACAUGUGCAAGAAUGGCCAGUGCAUCAACAGCAUCGGCUCCUUCCGCUGCCACUGCAAUGUGGGCUACACCCCAGACUUCACAGGCACUGCCUGCGUGGAUGUGGACGAGUGCACCCAGUCCCCAAAGCCGUGCAACUUCCUCUGCAAGAACACAGAGGGCAGCUACCUGUGCUCCUGUCCCAGGGGGUACAUCCUGCAGCCAGAUGGCAAGACCUGCAAGGACCUGGACGAGUGCUCCACGAAGCAGCACAACUGCCAGUUCCUAUGCGUGAACACCAUCGGGGGCUUCACCUGCAAGUGUCCCUCCGGCUUCACCCAGCACCAGACCACCUGCAUCGACAACAACGAAUGCAACAGCCAGGCGAGUCUGUGCGGGACGCGCGGCUCCUGCCUCAACACGCCCGGCAGCUUCAACUGCGAGUGCCAGAAGGGUUACUCCCUGGACAGCAGCGGCCUGGACUGCCAGGAUGUGGACGAGUGCAACGGGAACCACCGGUGUCAGCAUGGCUGCCAGAACAUGUUGGGCGGUUUCCGCUGCGGCUGUCCCCAGGGUUACGUGCAGCACUACCAGUGGAACCAGUGCGUAGAUGAGAACGAGUGCUCCUCGGUGGACAUGUGCGGCUCUGCUUCCUGCUACAACACGCUGGGCAGCUACAAGUGCGUGUGCCCAUCAGGCUUUGACUUCGAGCAGAACACCGGCAGCUGCCAGGACAUCAACGAAUGCUCCAUGAACAGCAACCCCUGCAGCUUCGGCUGCUCCAACACGGACGGCGGCUACCUGUGCGGCUGCCCUGGGGGCUACUACAGAGCGGGACAGGGGCACUGCGUCACUGGCAUGGGUUUCCAGGGCCAGUUCGCCCCCGGCCCGGAAGAAGACGAUGAUGAGAGCCUGUCUCCGGAGGCCUGCUACGAGUGUAAAGUCAACGGGGGCAAGAACGGCCGACAGCGGCGCAGCGCCAACGAGCUGAAGCAGGGUGGAGUCAGCCUGGCCAGCGUGGACACGCAGACCUCCAUCCCCAUGAACCUGAGCCUGGCUGAGCUGCAGAACAAGGAGCCGCUGCUGGAGCUGCUGCCGGCCUUGCAGCCGCUGGAGCACCACGUGCGCUAUGUCAUCACCCACGGCAACCAGGGCGACCACUUCCGCCUGCUGGAGCGCCGCGAUGGCAAGAGCGUGCUGCGGCUGGGCCGCCGGGCCCCCGCGCCGGGCUCCUACCGCCUGGAGAUCGCCGGGCUUCCCCUGUUUGGCCCACGCAAGCUGCGGCACCUGGAGGAGCGCCACGACGCCGACUACCUGCAGGGCGAGAUUGGCGCCGCACUGCACAUCAAGCUGGACAUCCACCUGCACUGAGUGCCAGCCCCGCACUGCCGGCCACACUCUGGGGGGGGCGCUCUCUGAGGAACUCGGUCAGCCAGCUACCACUUCUUCGUUCAGUAUUUGUGUGCUGUUUUUCGUUCACAUUAUUGCCAGGUUACGCCCCGCCCACUUCCCCCACCCCUCCCUCAGCCCCCGGCCCCCGUGUGAAGGUUGCAGGAAGGUGCCUGGUUUUUAGGCUACCCACUCCCCCCAUCAGUGCCCCCAGUGGGGUACAAAAGGCCUUGGUAACACUGGGAAUCAUCUGCUUCCCUCCUGCCCAGCCCGCAAAUGACUUGACCCUCCCAUGGUAACAGCUGGGGGGCUGGGGUUAACCGUGACAGCAGAACCUUAGAGGACGACACGUCCGAUUGCAUUAUGUACAAUUUUCUUUUAAUGGAUCUUCGGAAGUGGCCAGGUCACCUUAUAAAACAUUGGAUAAUCUUUACCAAAUGAUGUUUUGAGUUCACCCUGCAUAAGGGUGCAAUACAUUUAUAAUGUGAGUAGUUUUUCUCUUGUUUCCAAACAGUCAUUCACCUUUCUGUAAUCUGAGUGUUCUUUGCUCCAUGCAAUAUUUUGUGUAAUCUCCAAUUUAUAAUAUUGUGUAAAAGAAACAUUUUCACAUGAAGGACUGCAAUGGUUUCAGAUUUAAAGAAAAAGGAAGCGAGUUAAAACUCAAAUGAUCAAAUAACUGCUUAAUGUUGCCAUAUAAUCAUCCCGUCACAAAGCUGAAAGUUUAGGUGUCUUCUGUGUGUUUACUUGUGCUGUUGCGUUCAGUUACCUCAACUUUCUUCACAUACUGUACAAGAACCACACCGUAACCGUCGUAUAGCUAUUUCCAGCAGGAGGCGACACUGUCCCUUUUUACAGAACUUAGGGAGCAGGAAUAUGGCCGUGCGUGAAACCCCAAGGUUUGAUUGGACGAACGGGACGUGGUUCUCAUGGUGCUGCAGUUUCAUCGUGCACUGAAACUUCAUUAAUAUAUCAGGGAGACGUGCCAAAGUAGAACACGAACACAGACAUACAACCACAGAUCCCAAAGUGGUGAAGAAGAUGCCAGUGCAUUGGUGAGCAGCGUAAUUCAGUUUGUGAAUUCACCAUACCAAGCACCCUGAACAAACUGUGUUUUUUUUUGGUCGUUACGAUACAUAGUUGGGCAGAAGAAAAAAAAAACGAUGAGCGCACAGCAGACAGGGACAUUCCGUGACGUGGGAGACGGAGGGUUUUUUUUUUUGCAGCAUCUACCACAGACGCAUGCACAGUUGAACACCUAACCUCAGAACAACAUACUCAUCAGGUCAGCUAACGAACAUCUCACAGCCUUUUUCCGUAAGGAACCUUGGUGCUACACAAUCACAGAUGUACGAAAUCUUAAAUCCGCAGUCUUGAAUCUCGAUCGCAAACAUGACAAUUUUAUGACAAGUUUCCGUUGUUUGUAUCCGUGUCUUUUUUGUAUUGUCUCAGUGCUGAGAACCAAUAUUAAACUUGCUUCAUGAAAAUUAAAUUGUAUAUUUUUAAGUGAAAUGUAGAUUUUUUUUUUAAGCGCCUUAUGGUUGCCAGACUAAAAACUUCUAAAAAGGAGACUGAAGGUAUGUUGACGGUGCUCUCGCAUCCCGAAUCCGCCACAUCCGCAGCCACGCCCUCAUCCCACUAUCUAUUGUCCCUGUGUGUUUUUUUUUUGUUUUAAAUGCAGUGAUUGAUGGUGAGCGCGGAGCUCUGAUGGUGGAAGGAGACCGGCAUUUAACGAUACACUGAAACGGGCACAUAGGGGCGGGGCAAACCCCCACCCUCAUCAGUACCACCGCCGGGGGGGGUCGCUGACAUUCAGCCUCUGGUGCUAGUUAAGUUUUGCUCUCUCAACAUUGCGAUUACUGCACUGUAAGACAGCCGGAGCUAUAUUUAUGCAUAACCGUUUCUAUUGUGGGAACCUGUAUACUUUGUAUCUUUUUCUGGUUUUGUCUGUUUAUAUUUUAUUUUGCCACUAUAUGUAAAAGAUGUGUGUAUGUACUGUAUCUCAGCCUGCAUCGUCAAACUUGAAGUACAGCGAUACCAUUGAUCUGUAACUUUUUUUUUUGGGGGGGGGGGGGAUGGAUACCCAACCAAACCAAAGAAGUACUCCCUUACGCGUACUCGAGAAGUGUGGCAGAGCCCUCCAGAACGCAGACACGAGUCAUCGUUUGAGCCGACUGUCCUUACUUCCCGUCCACUUUGUCAGUUUGUAAACUUUUAAGUACUUUAAGUUUUUUUUUUUUUUUUUUUUUUACAUUUUGCUGGGGAAAAGUUUAAUGAGCAUUAUGUGGUCUUUGGACACAUUAACAUCUGUACUGCCAAUGGUUGACUUUUUUAAAAAACACUUGUUGGAAACAGGAAAAAAAUGGCAAUAAAAAUAUUGUGGGUUAUAUUUUUAAAA